UAAUAGAGCAGCGCGUUGCGUGCAUCUUAGGCAUCGUUCUUACAGGACGGUUGUCUGGGCGUGAAGCUGUUUCGUUUCGUAGAGGUGCCUCCCCUUCUCUGCAGUUGGAUUCCUUAUUUCUCCGUUAGCUUCCCUCAUCCGUAUCAGAGAGCAAGCAAUGUCAGAAACCAAUGUUGAGGAUGUCAAGAAACAGGAGAUGGCUGAUAUUACAACUACAGAUCAAAUUGAUUGUGACAAUCCUGUAGAUGAUCUGAAAGAUUCUGAUAAAAAUAAUGACAACUCCAUGCCCUCAUCCCAGCAGGAGGAAGAAGUUAUCAAGAAAAAGUAUGGAGGGAUUUUACCAAAGAAGCCUCCCCUAAUAUCCAAGGACCAUGAACGUGCUUUUUUUGAUUCUGCUGAUUGGGCUUUAGGAAAGCAAGGAGCACAAAAGCCUAAAGGACCACUUGAAGCACUGCGUCCAAAAUUGCAGCCCACACCAAAUCAGCAAGUUCGUUCAAGGCGCUCUGCUUAUGCUCCAGCCGACGACAAUGAAGUUGAUGGUGGCAAUAAUGAUGCUUCUCCGGAGGACCAGAGUGCCACUGAAGAAGUUGUCAAUGACAACAAUACUACUGCCCAAAACUAGAGCCGUGGGAAUAUUGGAGAUAGAUUAGAUUUGACAAAAUGGGGCUUUUUUUUUAUGUGAAUAUAAAAGCAUCUGAUCAUCAUGAAUAGGGUUUGCUUGUGCUCAUAACAGGAAUAGGGAAUUUUGAAGCGGCUAUGACCAUGAUGGAUCAUAUGUACACUUCCUUACUGUAGGAUUGCAUGACUUGAUAAGAUUUGCUCAUAUGAUGGAAUCAUAAAUCCAUGAAGAUAAAACUUGAGUUGAUCAUGCUCACUGGAUAGUGAUUGGCAGAGUUUGGAUGCCCUUUCUAGCAAUAGAUGAAGUUGGGCCUAACGGGUGAAACUAUGUCCAUUCUUUUUUUUAACAAAUAAGAAAAAAAACAUAAUUAUUGAUCCUUAUAA